CUCACACACAUAACCACGCUUUUUCUCUCCCAAUAGUUUUCUCUCUCCUAGGGUUUUCUCAAAUCAAAGCUUUUUUUCAAUUAAUUAGGUUUGAAGUUUAAUGUGCGAGUGUUGAGUCGGUGAUUUGAAAGAGUGAUGACGUCUAGAGGUGGAGGAAGCGGUUCGUCGGAUCCGACACCGCCGCCGCAGCGACGGAUCAUGCGGACGCAGACGGCUGGGAAUCUCGGAGAAUCGAUAUUUGACAGUGAAGUUGUGCCGUCGUCGUUGGUUGAAAUUGCUCCCAUUCUUCGUGUGGCUAAUGAAGUUGAGCCUAGUAACGCUAGGGUUGCUUAUCUUUGUCGGUUUUAUGCAUUUGAGAAAGCUCAUAGGUUGGAUCCCACUUCCAGCGGACGUGGUGUGCGUCAAUUUAAAACAGCUCUUCUUCAGCGGCUUGAAAGGGAAAAUGACCCCACUUUGAUUGGAAGGAUGAAAAAAAGCGAUGCACGUGAAAUGCAGAGCUUUUAUCGACAUUACUACUCAAAGUACAUCCAAGCUUUGCAAAGUGCUGCGGAUAAGGCAGACCGUGCACAGCUUACAAAAGCAUACCAGACUGCUAAUGUUCUUUUUGAGGUUUUAAAGGCUGUUAAUCAGACACAAGCAGUGGAAGUUGAUCGUGAGAUUCUGGAAACACAUGAUAAAGUUGCACAGAAGACAGAGAUUUAUCUCCCAUACAAUAUACUGCCUCUUGAUCCCGAUAGUGCUAAUCAGGCUAUUAUGAGAUUUCCUGAGAUUCAAGCUGCUGUUGUUGCUCUACGUAACACAAGAGGUCUUCCAUGGCCCAGAGAAUACAAGAAGAAAAAUGAAGAAGACAUUUUAGAUUGGCUUCAAUCUAUGUUUGGGUUUCAGAAAGACAAUGUGGCAAAUCAACGUGAGCACCUGAUUUUGUUGCUUGCGAAUGUUCAUAUUCGCCAAAUUCCAAAACCUGAUCAGCAGCCAAAGUUGGAUGAGCGCGCAUUGAAUGAAGUGAUGAAGAAACUUUUCAAGAACUACAAGAAAUGGUGCAAGUACUUGGACCGUAAAAGUAGUCUUUGGUUGCCAACUAUUCAACAAGAAGUUCAACAACGUAAAUUGUUGUAUAUGGGUCUGUAUCUUCUUAUCUGGGGGGAGGCUGCAAAUCUGAGAUUUAUGCCUGAGUGUCUCUGCUACAUCUAUCAUCAUAUGGCCUUUGAACUGUACGGUAUGCUAGCUGGCAAUGUCAGUCCCAUGACCGGUGAAAAUGUAAAACCAGCUUAUGGAGGAGACGAGGAAGCUUUCUUGACAAAAGUGGUUUCUCCUAUUUAUGAUGUUAUAGCAAAGGAAGCUGCCUGGAGCAAAGUCGGGAAAUCGAAACAUUCCCAGUGGAGAAACUAUGACGAUUUAAAUGAGUAUUUCUGGUCUAAAGAUUGUUUCCGGUUAGGUUGGCCAAUGCGUGCUGAUGCAGAUUUUUUUUGUGAGCCUGUAAAGUCACGUGUGUCUGAAAAAAAUGGGGUAAGCUUUAGCCGUAAGGCCUUCUCUACUUUACAUUUCUUGUUCAUAAUUCAGAAGUCAAGUGUCAUCUAUGUUAAAAUGGCGGAAAAAUGUGAUAUCCAGGAUGAUAAACCAACUAGUAGCAGUCGGCGAGCUGCUAAAGUCAAUUUUGUCGAGAUACGCUCAUAUUGGCAUGUGUUUAGAAGUUUUGACAGAAUGUGGAGUUUCUUUAUAUUAUGCUUACAGGCUAUGAUUAUUGUUGCUUGGAAUGGUGAUGGAAACCCGACCACUAUCUUCGAUUCUGAUGUUUUUAAGAAAGUACUGAGUGUUUUUAUAACUGCUUCAAUAUUGAAGCUUGGUCAAGCUGUUCUGGAUGUGAUAUUCAAUUGGAAGGCAAGACAUUGCAUGCCCUUCUAUGUCAAGCUACGAUAUGUUUUGAAGGUUGUAUCUGCUGCUGCAUGGGUUGUAAUCUUACCGGUUACUUAUGCUUAUACAUCAGAAGACCCAGCUGGUUUUGCUCAAACCAUUAAAGGGUGGUUUGGGAGCAGUUCUGGCUCCCCUUCAUUGUUCAUAGUGGCGGUUGUUGCUUAUCUGUCACCCAACAUGCUUGCUGCGGUGCUGUUUUUAUUUCCCUUCAUAAGACGCUACCUUGAGAGUUCAGACUACAGAAUUGUGAUGCUCAUGAUGUGGUGGUCUCAGCCUCGGCUUUAUGUUGGGAGGGGAAUGCAUGAGAGCACAUUUUCACUUUUCAAGUACACGACCUUUUGGAUUCUGCUCAUUAUUACGAAGCUGGCUUUCAGUUACUAUUUAGAGAUAAAGCCACUUGUGGGUCCUACAAAAGCUAUCAUGAGUGUUCAUAUCAAUACUUAUGCAUGGCAUGAGUUCUUCCCACAGGCAAAGAACAAUAUCGGUGUGGUGGUUGCGCUCUGGGCUCCAAUUAUUCUUGUGUAUUUUAUGGAUACGCAAAUCUGGUAUGCUAUAUUCUCUACUUUAUUUGGAGGUAUUUAUGGUGCAUUUCGUCGUCUUGGAGAGAUUCGAACUCUAGGAAUGCUACGGUCCCGUUUUGAGUCAUUGCCUGGUGCGUUUAAUGGCUGCUUAAUUCCACCUGAGAAAAGUGAUCAAGUGAAAAAGAAAGGACUUAAAGCAACCUUGUCACGUAAUUACGACACGAUAACCCCCCAUAAAGGAAAAGAAGCUGCAAGAUUUGCUCAGUUAUGGAACAAAAUUAUCACCAGUUUCCGGGAGGAAGAUCUUAUUAAUAAUAGGGAAAUGAACCUCUUGCUUGUUCCUUAUUGGGCGGACCUAGACUUGGACCUAAUACAGUGGCCUCCGUUUCUGCUUGCUAGCAUGAUUCCUAUUGCAUUGGAUAUGGCUAAAGACAGCAAUGGCAAAGAUCGUGAGCUGAAAAAGAGGAUUGAUAAUGACAAUUAUAUGUCUUGUGCGGUUCGUGAAUGCUAUGCUUCCUUCCGCAACAUCAUUAAGUUUUUGGUUCGUGGCAAUCGCGAGAAGAAGAUUAUCAAUGACAUCUUCGAAGAAGUUGACAAACAUAUAGAAAAUGGUACUCUAGUGAAAGAGUUCAAAAUGAGUGCUCUCCCUAUCCUUUACGAUCAUGUUGUCAAGCUUAUCAAUUACUUGCUAACAAAUAAGCAGGAGGAUCGGGAUCAAGUUGUUAUCCUUUUUCAGGAUAUGCAUGAAGUUGUUACCAGAGACAUAAUGGAGGAUCAGUUUCCAAAUUUGGAUGAGCCAGGUUAUGAGAUGGAUCAAUACCAGCUAUUUGCACCGGCAGGAGCAAUUCUAUUCCCGACUCCAGAAUCUGAAGCUUGGAAGGAAAAAAUCAACAGGUUGUACCUGUUGCUUACAGUCAAAGAGUCUGCUAUGGAUGUGCCAUCUAACUUGGAAGCUAGAAGACGGAUUUCCUUCUUCUCCAAUUCAUUAUUUAUGGAUAUGCCGUCAGCCCCCAAAGUUCGCAAUAUGCUUUCGUUUUCUGUACUUACACCUUAUUACACGGAGGAGGUUCUCUUUUCGUUGCAUGAUUUGGAAGUCCCGAACGAGGAUGGGGUAUCGAUCCUAUUCUAUUUGCAGAAGAUUUUCCCAGAUGAGUGGAACAACUUUCUUGAGAGAGUGAAUUGUACCAACGAAGAUGACCUAAAAGGAAACGACAAAUUAGAGGAUCAUCUACGUCUUUGGGCUUCUUAUAGAGGACAAACAUUGACCAAAACUGUUAGGGGAAUGAUGUAUUAUCGUAAAGCCUUGGAGCUUCAGGCGUUUCUUGAUAUGGCUAAAGACCAAGAUCUGAUGGAGGGGUAUAAGGCGAUUGAAUUGAAUGAGGACCAGAUGAAGGGAGAAAGGUCAUUGUGGGCUCAGUGUCAAGCAGUAUCUGAUAUGAAGUUUACAUAUGUGGUGUCAUGCCAACAAUAUGGCAUUCAAAAACGAUCAGGGGAUCUUCGUGCACAAAAUGUUCUGAGACUUAUGACAGAGUACCCGUCCCUACGUGUAGCAUACAUUGAUGAGGUUGAAGAGCCUAGCAAAGACGCAACUAAGAAAGUAAACCACAAGGUUUAUUACUCGGCUUUAGUUAAAGCCAUGCCAAAUUCCAAUGCUUCUGAAACGGGCCAAAACUUGGAUCAGGUUAUAUAUAAGAUAAAAUUGCCUGGACCUGCAAUAUUAGGAGAAGGAAAGCCUGAGAAUCAGAAUCAUGCGAUCAUCUUCACACGUGGAGAAGGCUUGCAGACGAUUGACAUGAACCAGGACAAUUACAUGGAAGAGGCCUUAAAAAUGAGGAACUUGCUUCAAGAAUUUCUGAAAAAACAUGAUGAUGUGAGAUACCCCACGAUUUUGGGACUUCGGGAACAUAUUUUUACUGGCAGUGUUUCUUCUCUUGCAUGGUUUAUGUCCAAUCAAGAAACAAGUUUCGUAACAAUUGGUCAAAGGCUGUUGGCCAAUCCUUUGAAGGUUCGUUUUCAUUAUGGUCAUCCGGAUGUGUUUGAUAGGCUCUUUCACUUGACAAGAGGGGGUGUGAGCAAAGCCUCCAAGAUCAUAAAUCUGAGUGAAGAUAUAUUUGCCGGUUUCAAUUCCACACUCCGUGAAGGCAAUGUUACACAUCAUGAAUAUAUACAAGUUGGUAAAGGGAGAGACGUGGGUUUAAAUCAAAUAUCUCUGUUUGAGGCGAAAAUAGCCAAUGGAAAUGGGGAACAAACCCUUAGUCGUGAUGUUUACAGACUUGGUCACCGGUUUGACUUUUUCAGAAUGCUUUCAUGCUACUUCACUACAAUCGGUUUCUACUUUAGUACCUUGAUCACCGUGUUGACUGUGUAUGUAUUUCUAUAUGGGCGUCUUUAUCUUGUUCUUAGUGGACUCGAGGAAGGGCUUGCUUCACAACCUGCCAUUCGACACAAUAAACCACUUCAAGUAGCUCUUGCUUCACAAUCCUUUGUGCAAAUUGGGUUCUUAAUGGCCCUACCUAUGAUGAUGGAAAUUGGUCUAGAAAGGGGAUUCCGGACUGCAUUAAGUGAAUUCAUUCUCAUGCAGUUGCAACUUGCCCCUGUGUUCUUCACAUUUUCACUUGGAACAAAGACUCACUACUAUGGUAGGACCUUGCUUCAUGGAGGCGCAAAGUACAGGGCGACAGGCCGUGGGUUUGUCGUGUUUCAUGCAAAGUUUGCUGAAAAUUACCGUCUUUACUCCCGUAGUCAUUUUGUAAAGGGAAUCGAGCUAAUGAUCUUGCUACUUGUUUACCAAAUAUUUGGUCAAUCAUAUAGAGGGACAGUUGCUUACCUAUUGAUCACUAUCUCGAUAUGGUUUAUGGUUGGCACGUGGCUAUUUGCCCCUUUCCUUUUCAAUCCCUCAGGUUUUGAGUGGCAAAAGAUUGUAGAUGACUGGUCUGAUUGGAAUAAGUGGAUUAGCAACCAGGGUGGUAUUGGUGUGCCCCCUGAGAAGAGUUGGGAGUCAUGGUGGGAAGAGGAGCAAGAACACCUGCAUUAUUCAGGAAAGCGUGGUGUUAUAGUAGAGAUAUUGUUAGCAUUGCGUUUUUUUAUUUAUCAGUACGGGCUUGUUUAUCAUCUAAGUAUGACAAAGCAUCAGAAGAGUGUCUUGGUUUAUGGUAUAUCAUGGGUGGUCAUUUUCGCCAUUUUGUUGGUGGUGAAGGCUGUAUCUUUCGGGCGGAUGAAAUUCAGUGCAAAGUUUCAACUUGUUUUCCGCCUAAUCAAAGGGGCAAUCUUCAUCAUGUUUGUUUCUAUUCUGGUGAUCCUGAUUGCCCUUCCCCAUAUGACAUUACAAGACAUUGUUGUGUGCAUACUUGCCUUCAUGCCAACCGGCUGGGGUUUAUUAUUGAUUGCACAGGCAUGUAAACCCGUAGUGAAGACAGCAGGUUUCUGGGGAUCCAUUAGAACACUUGCUCGUGGAUAUGAGAUAGUGAUGGGUUUGCUGCUGUUCACCCCAGUUGCGUUUCUUGCAUGGUUUCCUUUUGUUUCAGAAUUUCAAACACGUAUGCUGUUCAACCAAGCAUUCAGCAGAGGUUUGCAAAUAUCUCGUAUUCUUGGAGGGCAUAGGAAAGAUCGGUCAGCUAGAAACAAAGAGUAGUCUUGUAAUGUAUCCACUGUUUGAAUGCCUUUCUGUGUUUGAUUUUUGGGUAGCUAGCUAGUUCUAUGUAACUGUGCAUUAAGCAAUGAACACUUGCUAAUGUGUGGUCUGAUGGGCAUAACAUCCAUGUAAAUGUAUCAUCUUAAAUUAGAAUUUAUGCCAAUUUUGGUGUUAUGAUGCUCGGUCUUAGAAGUGAAAAAAGGUUGUAUGCUAAUGUCAUAUUGUACUAAAAGGUCAACAAUUGCUUGAGAAAAUAUUUAUUGGGUUUAAGCAUCA